AUGUUCAAGUUGGCUGUUCUCGCCGCCAUCCUGGCCGUCGCCACCGCCGCUCCCGGCGGUCUGACCGGUAUUAUCGCCGACCAUGCAGUUGGGCCGAUCACCGCUCCCCUGGUUCUCAGCCACGCUGCGCCUCUGGCCGCCGCCCACGUGAUCGCCCAGCCCGUGGCACCCGUCAUCCGCACCGCGCCCAUCGUCACCAAAUCCGUGCUGACCGCCGCCCCCCUGCCCCUCCUUGCCGGCCAUGGCCCGUUGCAUUAG